AUGAAUGAGGAUUCCGCUUUAAACAUUUUACCUGAAUUUUCACUUAGACAGCUCAUCCAAAAGAUCGCAACUAACCGUAUAGAUGAUGAUGAUCGAUCUUUUUACAUAGCCAAUAUCGGAGAUGUUAUUUAUAAAGUUCAAAGAUGGAUGUCCUUAUUGCCUCGUGUCCAGCCUUUCUAUGCCGUGAAGUGUAAUAACGACAUAAAUUUGCUAGCAACACUUAAUGCAUUAGGAGUUGGUUUUGAUGCCGCUAGUAAGAACGAGAUGGAAGCCAUUGUUAAGAUAUGCGCCCAUUCCAGUAAAGUUAUUUAUGCUAAUCCUUGUAAACAAAUUUCUCACCUGAAAUUUACAGAACGCCAUGGAAUAGCUUUAAUGACCUUCGAUAACGUAUCAGAGCUACAUAAAAUCAAGCGAUGCUAUCCGGAAGCAAAACUGUUAUUACGGAUUAAGAUCGAUGAUUUUGGUACUCUAUAUCAUCUUAGUGAAAAGUAUGGCGUCGAUAUUGAAGAUUGCCCUAAUCAACUUCAAGUAGCUCGUGAUCUGCAACUUAACGUAGUUGGGAUAGGCUUUCAUAUAGGUGGCGGACGUUAUGACGGCGAAAUUUUCGCUUCUGCCAUACAGCUGGCUAGAAAAGCAUUCCAUUAUGGUAAAUCGAUCGGAUAUAAUUUUGACAUUUUGGAUAUUGGUGGUGGAUUUCCUGGAUAUGCUGAUGCUAAAUUUGAAACUAUUUGCGCUAAGAUUAGACAAGCCUUGGACGAGUAUUUUCCUAUUGAAGAUCAAGUUAAGAUUAUGUCAGAGCCGGGUCGAUAUUUUGCCGAAAGAGCUUUUCACUUGGUCAUGGACGUAAUUGGAAAGCGCGAAAUUAACGCAAAAGAACUUACUGCUCAAGGUGAACAGAAAAAGUAUGCAUAUUAUGUGAAUGAGAGUUUGCAUGGAUCCUUUGGAAAUGUUUUACAUGAUUUUGAUAAUCAGAGUUUCCUACCUGUCAGUAAGAGCUUGGAAGGACUUUUCUCAAGUACAGUCUGGGGUUAUUCCUGCUCCGGAUUGGAUUAUCUACUAAAAGAAUGUCAGCUUCUGGAGGCUUUGGUGCGUAUUUCUCGGUAUUCCAUAGUCCUUUUAAUGGCUUUAGCAAAUCUUCUACAUACUAUUUUAUCGAGCUAUCAAUUUGGGAGACAGUUAAAGAAAAAUUAUCAAAAUGCCUGA